CAGCCGGUGGCUCAUUUAUAGGGAAAGAACGUUUCAAAUUAACAUUACUCGUAUAGGACAUCUCGUUUAGAAAUAGCGGAUUAGUAUACGGAAGGGAUGAUCCUUUGCCCUCAGUUAUUAUCAGAGGAAAGUUCGCAUCUUGGCUGUACUCGAAAGGAAUAAAAAAUGGAAGGCAAUAGCAGGAACCGAGGUGGAAUUCAGCAAUUGUUGGCUGCAGAACAACAAGCUCAACACAUUGUCAAUGAUGCCCGAAUUGCAAAACUGGCAAGACUAAAACAAGCAAAAGAAGAAGCUGAUAACGAGAUUGGUGAAUAUCGAUCCCUUGUGGACCGUGAGUUUCAGAUGAAAGUAGCAGGGAGCACUGGUGAUUCAACUUCUAAUGUGAAGCGACUUGAACAAGAGACAGAUACAAAGAUUAGUCACCUGAAGGCUGAGGCUGCAAGAAUAUCUCGUGAUGUUGUCAACAUGCUCCUGAAGCAUGCCACAACUGUGAAAAACUAAGCCUGAGUGUGCAAAUGGUCAAAAUAAUUUGUUUAUUUUAGCUUGGCUUAUCCUAGAUAUUAGAAUUCUAUGACUUCUUCUGCAUGUUUACAAGUUGAUAUGUCCUUUGUUGGAAAUAAUUAUACAGACACCGUUGCUAUAUACAAAUUAUCAGUAUGAGUUUGAAUUCGUCUA